AUGAUCGACGAAGCGAAUCACCCAUUUCAGUCAGCAGGAAGCAGAGCUCCUCCACCACCACCUCCAGAAGGGCCAAGACGCACAUUGACACCAGAAGAGACAGACCUCCUUCUGAUGCACGAAGCGAAUUGGAAAAUCUGGGAGGAAGCAAAAAAUCGACAAGACUCAAAGACUUUCAAGAAAGCAACUCAGAAAGGGAAGGUUUUCCAUCGUCAGCUCUCGAAAUUGAUGGGAUUCCAAUAUCUCAUGGAUCGCACGAAUCAAUGGAACCCAGCACUUUGGGAUUGGAACACUUUCGAGAAAAAAGCCAGGGGACGGAAAGACACCGCCUCCACUCCUUACCCUCGGAAGAACCAAGCCCAAUACCCGCAACAUGAUCAGGGAAGCCGGGAAAGCAGUGCGGAACUAGAGAAGACUGUCCUUCCUUUAGAUAGAGAGCUCAUAAAUCCUGUUUUUCAUCAUCUCAAAUUGUACCUUGAUCCCCUGUUUCAACAAGUUGAGAACUUAACACAUGAAAUACAAACCAUAAAGUCACUCGUUCACACUAAUGAAGUACCUAAGAAGUUGGAGGUAGUUGAUAAAACUCUCCAACAUCUUGUAAAAAACAUCAAUGAUCAGGUACGAACCUUGAAUCAGGUAGGAUCUGUUGUUAAGAAAUGUGGUGAUUACAUGAUAUUAGUCCAGAGUGACCUGGGAAAAUGGUCCAGGCAAGCUUUGGAAACAGUCGAUAAAGGUUUGAGUACGACACGAAACCAGAUAGUAGAAAGCAAUAAAAAUGGUCUCAUAGAACAAACUAAGUUGACUAACAGUAUACUUCAAUCAGUAAAAGACAUCACAUUAGCCAAAAACCCUGCAGGGGAAGCUAUACAGUCAAAAUCCAGCGAAGAUUAUUACAUGAAGAAAGCCUCAGAUCAGAUAUCAAAUCUACAAGGCGUGAUGAGACAACUGCAAGCCUCAAUGCUCCACCAUAAUGAAGAACUCACGUUGUUAAAAUCACAUAACGAUGAAAUAAUCAAGUUGUUGUCUGACUUCACGUUAGAUCGUUUGAAAAAUAAUGAGUCAAAAGAGAAGACAACGACGUUAGCCCCACCUGAAUUCAAACAUGAGAUUCCUCCCCACAUGGUGAACAGCAAAAGGGAAGCAUCUGUUAGAUCUAUUGAUCACAGAGCUCCUCCCGAACCUCUUGGUAUCCAGCAAAAGCAAAACUCAGACGCAGCCGAAAAUUUUGAUAUGAAAGUCUAUGACAAAGAAGAAGAAAUACAUACACCCUAUGACCAGAAAAUGAACAAAGGAAAGGGCCGUGACACUUCAACUAGAAUGGAAGUCACUCAGAAAAAGCGUUUAGAAGCCGCACAACCCAGUACCACAAGACAAGACGUCAUAGAUAAAGUCUUAGAACAGUGCACAGGGGAUCUAGACCACGCGGUGCGUAGCAGGAUGAGUGGAGAUGAAGAUUUCGUCAGCUUCACCACUACUUUCGAAGAAGUAGUGAAAAGGACAUCUAUUGGUAGACAAAGGCUGAUGAAUAAAAAUGCCCAAGACUGGAAGACGCAGGCCACCAGUGGCAGCAAUCAACAGUCUAAACCAGUAGUGGCGAAAACACCUGCUAUAAGAGUGCCAGGCAAAUGCGACACGUGCGGUAGCACAGAAGCAGGCCAUGAUUACAGAGCAUGCAGGCGUAAAAACAAAGUGAUCAACAACGUAGAAAUAGAUCCGCUUGAGGAAGACUCACUUACGGGAGAAGAAAUUGAAGUCUUGUUUGGAGACGAUCAUGACUCCUUCUACGACGAUGGAGAAUACCGUGCAGUGCAAGAAGAAUCGUUCACCAUUCUAGAUAUUUCUUGCCUAGAAACCACUCCUCAGAUAGCGCCGAAGUUUGUUGAGAGACGAACGGUUGACUUGCAUUUGGGGAGCCCAUUUAUGACAACUAUGUGUAACGGUUGGAAGCUAAGUAUACUAAUAGACACGGGAGCAUGUAGUUCGCUAAUAUCCCCGAGGAUCCUAGACAUAGUCUGGAAAACAUGGAAAGAAGAUAUGCGACCACAUCAAAAUCAAAGGUACCUCAGUGCCUCAGGCAAUUUAACAGCGAUAGGAGAAAUAACUAUUCCUAUUACCUUCUUACAUGCAAUGCCCCAACAAUCGAGGUCAUCAUAG